AUGAUACUUCAGGGCUUUUGGAACUGGUUUCGCAAAAAUGUAUUGAGUCGGAAUCAUGAGACGAUCCCAGAGAAUACUCGUGUGAUUCAUGUGACGUCGGAGCAGCAGUUUAAGGAACUUGUGCACAAAAGCAAGACAACAAAACGCUCGGUUGUUGUGGACUUUUCGGCUACUUGGUGUGGACCGUGUCGCUAUAUAGGCCCCAUAUUUCAUGAGCUAAGUGUCAAGUAUCCAUGCACAAUCUUCCUCAAAGUGGACGUAGAUGAGCUCAAGGUAGUGGCCGAGAGAUGCAAUGUCUCGGCCAUGCCAACGUUUCAGUUCUAUCGCAACGGUAUGAAAUGCGACGAGAUGCGCGGCGCAGAUAAGAAGGGACUGGAGACGCGUAUCCAGAAGCACUAUGUCGAGGUAGAACUGGCUGCGAACGAGAAACUGCUUGUGGAGGAGACUGACGCGAUUGGAAAGAAGCUAGCGGCUGACGGAAUUCGCCAGCGCAAGUCGCAGGUGGUGACGGUAACGUCGGAAACGCAGUGGGAGCACCUCAUCCAGCAGAAUAAGGAAUCGAACAAACCGUUGGUCGUAGACUUCUGGGCUACGUGGUGCAAGCCGUGCAUCGAAAUUGCUCCAUUCUUUGAAGUGUUGAGCGGUCAAUUUCCUGCUGCAGUAUUCGCGCGCGUCGAUGUUGAUGAACUCGAGAGUGUCACGGAUGAGUUUGAUGUAUCGUCGUUGCCUUCAUUCAAGUUGUUCAUCGAUGGUAAGGUGGUGGAUGAGCUAAAUGGGGCUAUUAAGAGUGCGCUAACGAGCAUGGUCGCAAAGCACACGGCAAAGUGA